ACAAAAACACUUCUCCAACCCAUUUGGGUUACACAACACUGUGCAAUUCCAACGGGUCACAUGAACUUUAUGGACCCCAAGGCUAGGGAGGAGCUAGUCCAGAAAAGAGACAGCGUUUCAAGAGACAACUCUGUGGGUCCAGGGGCCUGGUGACAUCCCAAAGGGAAAGUUUAUAGCCCACAGGUGUUGAGCUUGACCCCUCCUGCUGUUGACAGGCACCUGGCUGCAGAGGAAUCUUACUCCAUGCUAUGUCCUCCACAGCAGGUAAAGAUCAAGGAGACUUGUAACCAAGGACUUCAGGAGCAGUCUGCCUAACACCUCCACCUCCGUGUCUGCCUUUCUUCCUUGCACUCCCUGCCUCAGAAGUCAGCGACAGCCCUGAAAGGCCUAUGGCCACCGCCUUCCCAGGGUAGAUCAGGGACUUUUUCUCGGACCAACCCAAAUGCUUCGGCAGCUCCCCAAGCAAAGAGAGUCAGGGUCUGUGUUUGUGUAAUUACCAGUCUCGGGGCCUGUUUCGCCAAAAGUGACACGCCUUCCCUUAACUGCCCGUAAUGCCUUCAAUAGUCAGGGAGCCCCCCCUAGCUUUACCCCAAACCCCGAUUCUAAAUAUCCAGUUUUUCCAGGGGAGCUAGGAUUGCCGGCCUCUGAGGCGAGAGAGGACAGGCCACUUCUGCGGUGUGAGUCAGCGGCCUCCCCGGGACUCCCUAAUCAUCACUAAGAAAGACUUUGCUGACAACAGUGUUUGCAGAAUCCAUGUGUCCCUGGGAGUGGGGAAAGCCCUGGGCACAGCAGCAGGGACACCAUGAGCCUCAGUGAGGACCAGGUACGCAGCUUCCUAGAUGGGAACCCCACUUUUGCCCAGCAUUAUUUCGGUAAGAAGCUAAGCCCUGAAAAUGUGGCAGGGGCCUGGGACGACGGCCCGUUGGUGGGCUGCGACAGCCUGCGGGAGCUGUGCCAGGUGGAAGAGAGUGCCGCGCUGUUUGAACUGGUGCAGGACAUGCAAGAGAACGUCAACAUGGAACGCGUGGUCUUCAAGGUCCUGCGGCGCCUCUGCACCAUCCUGCACGCAGACCGCUGCAGCCUCUUCAUGUACCGCCAACGCAAUGGCACAGCGGAACUUUACACACGGCUCUUCAGCGUGCAGCCGGACAGCCUCCUGGAGGAUUGCCUGGUGCCCCCUGACUCCGAGAUCGUCUUCCCACUGGACAUUGGCGUGGUAGGCCAUGUGGCCCAGACCAAGAAGAUGGUGAACGUGCAGGAUGUGGCGGAGUGUCCCCACUUCAGCUCCUUUGCCGAUGAGCUCACCGACCACGUGACAAAGAAUAUCCUGGCCACACCCAUCAUGAAUGGCAAAGAUGUCGUGGCUGUGAUCAUGGCGGUGAAUAAGCUGGACGGUCCGUGCUUCACAAGUGAAGAUGAAGAUGUUUUCACGAAGUACCUGAAUUUUGCUACAUUAAACCUGAAGAUCUAUCACCUAAGCUACCUCCACAACUGUGAGACACGCAGAGGCCAGGUACUUCUCUGGUCGGCCAAUAAGGUGUUUGAAGAGCUGACAGACAUUGAAAGGCAGUUCCACAAGGCCUUCUACACUGUCCGGGCCUAUCUAAACUGUGACCGGUACUCGGUGGGCCUCCUGGACAUGACCAAAGAGAAGGAAUUCUUUGAUGUGUGGCCUGUGCUGAUGGGAGAAGCCCAGCCGUAUUCAGGCCCACGGACACCCGAUGGCCGGGAAAUUGUCUUCUACAAAGUCAUUGAUUAUAUCCUCCAUGGCAAAGAGGACAUCAAAGUCAUUCCCACACCCCCGGCUGACCACUGGGCCCUGGCCAGUGGUCUUCCAACCUAUGUAGCAGAAAGCGGCUUUAUCUGUAACAUCAUGAAUGCUUCAGCUGAUGAAAUGUUCAAGUUUCAGGAGGGGCCCCUGGACGAUUCUGGGUGGAUGAUCAAGAAUGUUCUCUCCAUGCCCAUUGUCAACAAGAAGGAGGAGAUUGUGGGCGUGGCAACCUUCUACAACAGGAAAGACGGGAAGCCCUUCGACGAUCAGGAUGAGGUUCUCAUGGAGUCCCUGACACAGUUCCUGGGAUGGUCAGUGCUCAACACAGACACUUACGACAAGAUGAACAAGCUGGAGAACCGUAAGGACAUCGCCCAGGACAUGGUUCUGUACCAUGUGAGAUGCGACAAAGACGAAAUCCAGACGAUCUUGCCAACACGGGAGCGCCUGGGGAAAGAGCCCGCUGACUGCGAGGAGGAUGAGCUGGGGAAAAUCCUGAAGGAAGAACUUCCAGGGCCUACCAAGUUUGGCAUCUAUGAGUUCCACUUCUCUGACCUGGAGUGUACUGAGCUGGAGCUAGUCAAAUGUGGCAUCCAGAUGUACUAUGAGCUGGGUGUGGUCUGCAAGUUCCAGAUCCCCCAGGAGGUCCUGGUGCGGUUCCUAUUCUCUGUCAGCAAAGCCUAUCGAAGAAUCACCUACCACAACUGGCGCCAUGGCUUCAAUGUAGCCCAGACCAUGUUUACGCUACUCAUGACAGGCAAACUGAAGAGCUAUUACACAGACCUGGAGUCCUUCGCCAUGGUGACAGCUGGCCUGUGCCACGACAUCGACCAUCGCGGCACCAACAACCUGUACCAGAUGAAAUCCCAGAACCCUCUAGCCAAGUUACAUGGCUCCUCAAUUCUGGAAAGGCACCACCUGGAAUUUGGGAAGUUUCUGUUGGCAGAGGAGAGCCUGAACAUCUACCAGAACCUGAACCGGCGGCAGCACGAGCAUGUGAUUCACCUCAUGGACAUCGCCAUCAUCGCCACUGACCUGGCCCUCUACUUCAAGAAGAGAACAAUGUUCCAGAAGAUCGUGGAUGAGUCCAAGAACUAUGAAGAUAAGAAGAGCUGGAUUGAGUACCUCUCCCUAGAGACAACUCGGAAGGAGAUUGUCAUGGCCAUGAUGAUGACAGCAUGUGACCUGUCUGCUAUCACCAAGCCUUGGGAAGUCCAGAGCAAGGUCGCACUUCUGGUGGCUGCUGAGUUCUGGGAACAAGGAGACUUGGAGAGGACUGUCUUGGAUCAACAACCCAUUCCCAUGAUGGACCGGAACAAAGCAGCUGAGCUCCCCAAGCUGCAAGUUGGCUUCAUCGACUUUGUGUGUACUUUCGUGUACAAGGAAUUUUCUCGGUUUCAUGAAGAGAUCCUGCCCAUGUUUGACCGACUGCAAAAUAACAGAAAGGAGUGGAAAGCUCUAGCUGAUGAGUAUGAGGCCAAAGUCAAGGCCCUGGAGGAAGAAAAGAAGAAGGAAGAAGACAGAAUAGCAGCCAAGAAAGUGGGCACAGAAAUUUGCAAUGGUGGUCCAGCACCCAAGUCAUCAACCUGCUGUAUCCUGUAAACCCUAUCUAGUGGCUUCCGGUACCUCCUGCCACUCACCACUGGACAUGGACUCUGCCUAU